AAACCAGACCCUCAUGGGCAACCAGAGAUCUGGGCAGAAAAUCGCCACACUCUUUGCGAAAGUCUAACUGGUCUCUAUUCAUCAUGGCAAGGCUCUUACUAUGGCAAGAAUGGCGUGGCCAAAGCGUUCAUGCUCGAUGGUAACGGCCAUGCGAGAGAUCAUCUAGAUGAGAACGUCAUUAUCCUGCGAGCUAGCGGCAGCAUGGCAAAAGAUGGCGACAACGGCAUGAAGCAGCGUGAAGAUCAAGAACCAAAGCAUCAGUACCACGCCAUGAUCAAUGCUAUCAGCCAGCAAAGCCCAAUUGCUGUAAUUUGUGGCGACAAGAACAGCCAGGUGCCUAGCAAGAUGCCACACAAGUACAACUCUCUCGAUUGGUACAAAGCGACUCAUGUCUGGACCGAGCGAGACAGAUUCAAUGUCAUCAAAUAUCGUCUGGAAAAACUCGAUCCAAAUACAAUUGCUUGGUGGGUCCCCACAGACUUUGAACCAGUUGUCGAGCUUGGCGCACUUGGAUCACCCCUCAAACAGCACUGCGAUUCGUGCAGCAACGAGUAUGACCAGAUAUACUUGUGUGGUUGGCUGUGUCUGAACAGCAAAUGUGAGAAAUUCUGGUGUUUACCUGAUGGCAGUACACCCGAUGCUACGCAGCUAAUCUACGACCCUCGCUUUCUAAAGCAAAAGACUCCUUGGGCCAACGAGCAGGCGCCUAUGAGCUUCCGCUUCCCCUUGUAUACUACGCCUGCCAUUGCAGGAGAGGACUACAAAGUCGAGAACCUUCGUGGCAUGACUUGUCCGGAAUGCGGUAAAUGCAACGCACGUGUUAAGUGGGAGGGUUGGGAAUGUACAAGCUGCGGCUUCGAACACAAGCCCCAAAUCACGCCUCUACCUGCAGCUUCAAUUCAGGAUCAGAACUACCCCGUCUCUGAUGCUUAUCCUUCAUCGCACGACUCUGCCCUUCCUCACGUCAAGAUCUCCGUCAACUUCUCACACAAUUACCGCUGGAUCACUUACAAGUUCAAGGUGUCGGCUACUGAAGAAGGUGAAGUCGUUCACGGCAUCGCAAACAAGAUUGUGCGCGAGGAGGUCAAAGGCCCCAAUGAGAUGUGGGAAAAUCUUCAAACCGAUUGCCAUGGCUUGGUGCGUAGAGAGCUGUCAAACGCCCUCAUGAACUCAUUCACCUUGAAUUAUGGUAUGCCAUAUAAGUUCAUUGCCGCGGGUGACAGUCUGCCCUUCACAGAUGCGCCCUGGCCAGUCACAGAAGCUGUCUCUCGUCUAAACUGGGCCGACAGAAUCACGUCAAGAGAUACCGACAAAGACAAGGAAAAGUUCAAUGAACUAUACUUGGUCGCAUACCUUCAAGACCAGUCAAUGAAUUACCACGACGAUGGAGAAAAGGGACUCGGUUCCACAGUCGCUACUCUCUCCCUCGGUGGUCGGGCUGAAAUGGGGUUCAGGCCCAAGUCGUUCUUCUUCCACGGCAUGAAGAGCAUCGACUACAAUCGCAAGAAAAUGACUGUCAUGACCAAAGAUGAUCCUUUGCCUGAGUUCCCCAAUUACGAGCUGCGCAAGCAGUAUCUUGAGGAGAUCAGAAAUGCCGGUCUUUCCGAGGGCGAAGAGAAAGAAAGGCUUGCUGAGAUGGCUACUUCACUUCGCGCAGCAUACCCGCCCAAGCAGAGCUGUACUAGAGUCGAAGACUGGGUCAAACUAUCGCUUGGUCAUGGAGACAUCGUUAUCAUGCGCGGCGCCCACCUUCAGAAGUAUUACGAGCACGGUGUCAGCCCCAAAGGUCUCAUGCGUUAUGCUUUGACCUGCCGCACUGUCUUGCCUGCGCACCUCAAGGAUUCCGAGCUGCCCGAUUAUGAAGUUGACCUUGUUCAAGACGAGUACGAUGGCAGCCGAAUU